AUGGCGUACAGCUCGAAAUUCAUUUUUCUUCUAUGCCUCGCAGCAUCAGCCAAUGCCCUGACAUUCACCAACCGCAUAUUCGAUGAUAUCACGCCUGGAAAAGCUGUUAACAUUACCUGGAUCAACGCGGAAGGACCAUUUGAUUUGACACUGUUUCAAGGCGGCACUGCUGUAGACACAUGGUUCAAGAAUGCAGGAGAGAUUGCAAAUCCUUACUGCUACUAG